AUGACCGUGUCCUCCGAGCAGUGCCCGUUCGAUGGCGAGUUUGAUGCUCUCGUAAAAGAGCAACUGGAAAAAUGGAAAGUCCCCGGCUUGAGUAUCGCUGUUCUUCACGGCCCCAAUACGUACACCAAGGCAUAUGGAAAGGCAGAACUGCCAAAUCCCAGCACAGGACGACCACAACGAGAUAUGACCACUGAAGCGUUAUUCGCAGCAUGUAGCACCACCAAGGCUUUUACCGGUGCUGCGACCUCCAUAGCAAUCCAGGAGAGCAAGGCCACCGAGUCUCCAAUCGACUGGGACACGCCUGUGGCUUCUCUUAUCCCAAAAGACUUUGUCCUGGAGAACGACUACGCGACCAAGAAUGUUACACUUGAAGAUGCGCUAUCGCAUCGGUCGGGUAUGCCAGAUCAUAACUGGACGUUGGUUCUAUUCCCAAAAAAGGGCCAAGCGCCGCGCUCAGUAGUCCGCACGAUGCAAUACAUGCCCCUCGCGUCACCGCUGCGCACCAAAUACCACUACAGCAAUCACAUGUUCAUUGCUGUGUCGCAUGCGUUGGAGCAACACACCGGCGAACAGCUGGGACCGUUCAUGAAGAAACGCAUCUGGGACCCGCUCGGUAUGAGCGAAACAUUCUUCUCGCCAAGCGAAGCAAAGGCAAACCCAUCAACUGCCGCAAAACUUGUGCAAGCGUACGACUGGGCUCCUACGAAUGAUGGCGGAACGUUCAUUCCAAAACCACAGAAUGACUGGGCUGCUAACAGUGGUGCUGGUGCUAUCAUCAGCAGCGUUGCCGACUACGCCCGUUGGAUACGGGAGUUGAUUGAAAAAACGGGGCCGCUGAAAGGACAUGACAGCUUGACAGAUCCGCGGACGAUAUAUUUCCAGAACGAUGAUUUGAAUUUGCCGGCUCCGUACCAUGGGUACGCGCUCGGAUGGGUCGUGGAUAACUACCGCGGUCAGCAUUUCUAUAGUCAUGCCGGUGGCUGGCCUGGCUAUGGCAACUGGGUGGGCUUCGUUCCCGAGAAGAAGUUUGGAUUUGUGGUUAUGGGCAAUUCCUCCUCGGCUCGAUAUGCUGCGUUCAGAUUGGCCACUUAUCUUUUGGAUAGGCGGCUUGGUCUGUCGGAUGAUCCGAAAUACGAGGAGCAGAUUGAUGCUUGUAUUGCAAGACAAACUGAGACAUGGGAGUCGAGUUUUAAACAUGAAGAUAUGGAGGACUCGAAGAAACGGUUGUUCUCUUCUUUGCCUGAUCCUGUGAUUCCAUGUGCAGUGCAUAUGUCCGGAUAUGCUGGAACAUACAGACACCCCAUGGGUGUGAAUUUUACCAUCCAAAUAAGCAAUGGUGAACUCACUGCUGACCUGCGAGAUCGAGUCAUUCCGUGUGAACUUUCUCUUGUUCAUGCAAGCGGGGAACAUUUCGUGGGUAGCAUCCAUAGUUCAGGACUUAAUCUGUUGCUGCCCUUCCCAGUGGAAUUUUAUAUUGAUGCUAUGGGGGUGGUGAAAAGAGUUGGACUUUUUUGGAACCUGCUCUGA